AUGGACCAGGACCUAAGAGAAUACAAACACAACUUAGAAAACUUACACUCCAUAAAACACAAAAUCCAAUGCUUUCUUUUGCUUGAUUACGAUCUUACAUGUCUGGAAACUCAGGAAUCUCUUGAAUACAUCCAUCGGGAGCUUGUCAAAACUUACAUUCAUGAACAUACAGAGCCAUCCACUCUCCUCACAAUAGAUGCAGAAAUGAUAAUAAACAUAUACAGAUCAAUCGAUCUGGAAAACAGAAAAAAACUCAUCUUGCUCAUAGAAGAUGCCUUGCUCCACUUCAAAAAAACAAAAACAUCCAUGAACACACUCAGGUCUAGCUUCAAAAAUCUGCACAACCUUCUUCAGGAAGAUCUUUUCUUCAAAUUCAUGGCAGAAAUAGAAACAAUCUCCUCCUUAAUGGAGAGUACUCCAUCCGAUAUAAAAAAAUGCGGAGCAAAAAAAUACGGAUAUCCACUGCUUCUACAGCAUUCGCUCGUAUCUCUUGCAACGCUUACUAAUCAGGAGAAAAUGCUUAGGAAGAUUUGCUGCAAAGUUGCACUUGCCGUAAAGUUCGAUAUCUGCAAAAGCAAUUUCCAAACAGACUUCUACAAGCAGAUGCAAGAUAUCCUUAGCAACCUUGAGCAUGUUCCUCAGAAGGAUGAAUCUCCCUUAUCAAUCCCUUUGGCAAGAAAGGUGACAAAAAGAGGAGGAUUAAAAACCAGGCAAAGGCGGCAGGGAAGGAUGCAGCAUAAGAAAAAAAAAAUUACAAGCAUCAAUGGCACUGACCAUCCAAGUGGUGAUAUAGAUUGA